AUGACCACCGCAUUCAAUCUUUACUUUAUAUGUUGUUCACAAUCCAUCUCACGCUCUCAUCUAUCAGGUAGAGACGCAAGGCAUCAGAAUGAAGCAAUUCCAACCUAUGAACAAACUCAAGAAAGUCCCUCUGUGAUCGCUGAAAAUUUAUCAGGUGACAAAAUCCAAGUGCUAAAACGAAUGUUUAUGAACAUGGACAUGGACAAAAAUGGCACACUCACCUAUGAUAAACUUAAAAACGGUUUGGCCAGACUUAGGUCAAAAUUCACUGAGUCUGAAGUUAGACAACUCAUAUAUGUUAUGGAAAGGGUCAACCGACUACAUUAA